GAGAAAGCCUCAAGCAGGAGAGAGAAAGCCAUGAACACAAAUCCCCCAUUCUUACUCUCUCUAAAAAGGACCUCCACCUAGACAGAAAAAGCCCCCAAAACCUUAAAACCCUACUCUCUCAUUCUACUAGACCACAAAACCCUAAAAACUAACUCCCUCUCUGUGCAAGUAUGCUCAAAUCCGCGGCCCACCAAGUUGCAGGGCACCAAGCCACCGAAUCUCAGCUCGGCCCAGUGGUCGACGGCCAUGGCCUCUUCUACAAACCCUUCCAGAACAACAACCGUGGCUCUGAUGAAGCCAAUUUCUAUUUCUCUCUCUACUCAAACCCUGAGAUCCCAAAGCAAAUCCUCUCCUUUUUCCCUCUCUUCCAUGGAACCAAGUUCUUGCCCGCAUCGGACGGCUCAGGACCCCAGAUCCACCUCGCGAUGGAGGACCUCACCUUCCAUCUGAAUCGUCCAUCGGUCCUGGACCUCAAGAUCGGGUCCAGAACCUGGUUCCCCAAAGCUUCGGAGGAUUAUUUCAGGAAAUGCUUGAGCAAAGACAGAGAGACAACUACUGCAAGUCUAGGGUUUAGGGUUUCGGGUUUCCAGGUGUUUUGGGGUGAAGAAUUAGGGUUUUGGAAACCAGAUAGAGAUUGGGUCAGGGGGUUAACCGUUAUAGGGGCUAAGAUGGCUCUAGAAAGGUUCGUUUCUUCAAAUUGUUCGGAUCUGGAUGCGAAGCCGGACUGUAAAUUUGCUGGUUCAGUCUACGGUGGGGAAAAUGGGGUUUUGAAGAAGCUUCUGGAUCUGAAAGCUUGGUUUGAGGAGCAGGUUAUCUACCAUUUUUACUCGGCCUCGGUUCUGAUAAUGUACGAGAGAGAUGGGGUUAAUGGUGGGAUUGUGAAGCUCAUUGAUUUCGCUCAUGUCAUUGAUGGAGAAGGGGUCAUUGAUCACAAUUUUUUGGGUGGUCUUUGCUCUCUGAUAAAGUGUGUCUCUAAUAUUCUUGCUGCUUCGAAAGAGAAUGUAAAUUCCGAUAUAGGGUCAAAGCGGAUUUGAUGUCUCUUUCUGUACUUGUUGUUCUUUUGGUUACUUUGGUUCUGGAUAGGGAACUGGGGCAGCAGUGCAGAGGAAUUGACAUCUCUAUUUCUAUAUGUAUCUCAAUUCAGAGGAAUUGACCUCUCUCUCUCUCUAAUGGGGUCUUUUGAUUAAUAUGGUUUAGAAUUUGUGGAGCAGGAAUGCAAAUGGAUUGACUUUUUCUUUCUCAA